UUUGUUGUGCAGUUCGUACAUUUGGACUACGGUAGAGGAUAUAUAUAAAUAUAACCUUGUUCGCUGUUAUUAUUAUUAGUAAGUCUACGUAAUAGUUCACUUCACAUUAAACGCGCGAAGCGUAGGGACCGAAAAAAUGACGUAUUUAUUUAUCUUCGCAAUUUCGCUAAACUUAAUAAUAGCGAGUCUUUCUUCCGUAUGCGUUCCAGAUACAAGACAGAGGUCUGAUGAUCUGGCUCCAGACGGAAAUUCUUACAGUGCUGUGUUUUUUAACAAAAGCUACACUAGUGAUUGUGGUUGUGACAGUAAAUACACUUGUGUGCGUAAGUGUUGCGAUGAAGGCUAUUUCAUUGACCUAAACGAGGAAACGCUUGAACUUAAGUGUUUACGUAAUGACUCAAUUAAAUUAUCUGUUCCGAUCUAUAAGAUGGGAAAUGUAAUUAUCGAUAAUAAUCCGAUAAUCGAUUUCCGUUACUUAUCGGGCGUUAACGAAUGUCUGCUUGAUGACGAUGACAAAAAUGCCUAUACGGCCACAAUGGAUGAAUUUUAUAUUCAAAAAAAUGGAAAAUUAUGGAUGUCGAGUUUGAAUACGUACUUUAAGCCGGAGCAUUAUUGUCUCGAAUAUGAUGAAGAUAAUGGACCGAUUGCGUAUUUAUGCCUUCUAUCCUACGAUGUUCAAAGUUUAGAAAUAUCUAGUCGUAUAACUGUGAUAGGUAUGAUGAUAUCACUACCUUUUUUACUGGUGACCUUCAUAGUUUAUGGAGUAUUACCCCUUCGAAACUUACAUGGAAAGGCGCUAAUGUGUUAUAUAUUCUCACUAUUUACAACAUAUUUAUUGUAUAUAAUUAUACAAUUGCACCCGGAUGCCGAAAGUUUAGAUGCAGUUCUAUGUAAAACCUUGGCGAUGAUCUUUAUGUACUUCUUUGAGGCGUCGUUUGUUUGGAUGAACGUCAUGUGCAUCGAUAUUUACUUGACGUUCAGCGGCAUAAAAUUGAUAAUAUCCGAAAGAAGAAGGAUAGAAUCGAGGCGCUUCAUCUACUACAGUAUAUAUGCAUGGGGCGCACCUCUGCUCUUACUGAUCCUGGUCAUAGUCAUGAGUAACUCCGUAAAACCUAAUGCUUGGUAUAACCCGGGAAUAUCUGAUCAACAAUGCUGGUUAAACGAUGGAAUACCCACACUGUUGUACCUUUACUUGCCCAUGGCUAUUCUGAUUAUUACGAAUGUAAUACUGUUCGUAAUAACUGCACACAAAGUUAGAGUAGCAAGCCGAGCUACAGCGAUGUUAAGAACGGGAGAUAAUCGAAGUUCGAAUGAUGAUACCGUCAGACUUGGGGUUUAUGUAAAGCUUUUUUUAUGCAUGGGCGUAAACUGGGCUUUAGAAAUAGUCACAUGGGCCAUUGAUUGGCAAGUUGAGAAUGUACCACGGGCCCUUUGGUAUGUCGCCGAUUUAUGUAACGCCCUGUUCGGAUUACUUAUUUUUAUUAUCUUUGUGUGUAAUAAAAAAGUUUGGAAGUUGAUGAAAAUCAAGUAUUAUGAAGUCACCGGUAAAACACCGCCUACUGCAGUGUCUUCAACGGAUGAAGUUACGUUGGAAAAAUACAAAUAAAACGUGAUAGCACUAAAUAGCAUUCCAUUCCUAUGACUUUUGAGAAGAGAAGAGAUUACAGAGUGCCUGUUUGAUACAAAUGCUUACGUCAAUGUCCACUUAAUUAUUUUGUGAGGGUUCGCGUCAACACUUUUUUCCUGGCUGUGAUUGGAUAUAGCUCCAAAACGAAGAUUUUUGGUGGUUACUUGUCAUGGCAAACCACCGACAAAAUGGAAUGUAAAUAGCAGAAAUUGUUGUUGCAAUUCCGAUUUAAUAAUUCUUCCCAUAAUAUGCUUUAUUUUUGACGGCCAACGUCCUUGCACUUAUUGAAUUUUUUUAAAACUACGUUGACCAAUUUCCCUUUGAUCUAGACCCAUUAAUAAAUUUUUUUACUGA